AUGGCUCCUUCUCGCAUUUCUCCAGGCCCUCAAUCUGAAGUCUCCCAAGGGCUUUCUAAAGAGCAGCUUGCAACUUUCGAUAAAGAUGGUUAUCUACUCAUUCCCGACGCUUUAGGCCCGUCGACUGUUGCCUCUCUUCUAGAAGAAACACAUUCUAUGCUUGACAACUUCUCACUUGAUGACCAUCCCAUGACGAAAUUCUCCACUGGAGAAGGAAAAGAUGGCGAACAUGUCGGCGACGAUUAUUUCUUGAGUAGUGGUGACAAGAUCCGAUUCUUCUUCGAAGAAGAUGCAUUCGAUGCCUCCGGCAAACUGACCAAACCCAAAUCCCGCGCGAUAAACAAAAUAGGCCAUUAUCUUCAUGUCCUCUCCCCGCCAUUCGCCUCCCUACUUUCUCCCUCUUCGACGCAUUCUCCCAGUGCCAUUGCCCGGUCCUUGGGCUUUCGAGACCCUAGAUGUCUGCAAAGUAUGAUUAUUUGCAAACAACCUGAAAUCGGUGGUGCUGUACCGCCGCAUCAAGACUCGACAUUUUUGUAUACAGAUCCGCCUUCAGCUGUUGGUUUUUGGUAUGCUCUGGAGGAUGCGACCGUAGAGAAUGGGUGUCUUAGCUUCCUACCGGGAAGCCACAGGGGCGCAGCCAUCGAGAAAAGAUUUGUGAGAAAGGGAGAUGGAUCUGGGACGGAGUUUAUUGAUACGACCGGCAAGAAAUUCCCGCCAGGGGAAAAAUACCGGACGGCAGAAGCCGCGGAAGCCGAUGGAGAAUAUAAACUUGGAGAGGUGAAGGCUGGAACUCUCGUGUUGAUACACGGGAACUUACUGCAUAAGAGUGAGAAGAAUGUUAGCCAGAAGGGGAGAAUUAUUUACACAUUUCAUGUCAUUGAAGGAGAUGGAGCGGAUUACGAUGCGAGGAAUUGGCUACAGCCACCGAAAGAGGGAUUUACGAAGUUAUAA